GAGAGAGAGGAAAAAGAGGGAUUGUGGUGCAGCACUCUGCAUUUCAUUGGAGCUACAGCCAAGGUUGUUAAAUAUCAUAACUGAAUAAGGUGAUAUCUUUGAGCUCCCAACAGCCGAAAUCCCAAUGGAGAGGUGAGAGGCAACCGCAAACAACCUGAGAGCACAGAGCUGAUCCCAUCAAAGCUUUCACUCCUAUGGCACACUGUAAUGAGGGACUUAUGAGAACAACAAAAGUGUGUCUAUCUGUCACAUGUUUAUGAAAAAUUCCAGAAUUAAUUUUCUCCUGUUCUGGAUGGUGUGAAUGGUACAACAUUUUUUUUAAAAAGCAAUGAAAAGACAUGCAGGCAGAAUCCAGCUGUAUGUUGUUAGCGUCACUGCAAGGGAGGCUUGAGGGGUGAGCAAAGCCAGGAAAAAGGACCAAACUUGUUCCGGACAAACGAGAAAGAAGACGACGGCUUGCGUUACCGGCUCAGAAUGUCUCUCGCUAAUUGUUUUCACGUGUUGGGCAUGCUGAUAUCUUUUCAUCCAGCAUCAGUCUGCACCCACGUGCACAUGAAGGCACAUGCAGAAGAGAGGCUCCUGCAGACCCUGCUGACCCACUACAACAAGCUGUCCCGUCCGGUCGCCAACACAUCCGACGUGGUGCUGGUGCACUUUGGGCUUUCCAUCGCCCAGCUCAUCGAUGUGGAUGAGAAGAACCAAAUGAUGACCACCAAUGUCUGGGUCAAACAAGAGUGGAAUGAUUACAAGCUACGAUGGAACCCCCAAGAAUAUGAAAAUGUCACCUCUGUUCGUAUUCCAUCUGAACUUAUCUGGAGGCCAGACAUUGUGCUUUAUAAUAAUGCGGAUGGAGAUUUUGCCGUGACCCACCUGACCAAAGCUCACCUGUUCCACGAUGGCAGAAUCAAGUGGGUGCCCCCCGCCAUCUACAAGAGCUCCUGCAGCAUAGACGUCACCUUUUUCCCCUUUGACCAGCAGAACUGCAAGAUGAAGUUCGGCUCCUGGACUUACGACAGGGCCAAAAUCGACCUGGUGAGCAUGGCCAGCAACGUGGACCAGAUGGACUACUGGGAGAGCGGGGAGUGGGUGAUAGUGAAUGCGGUGGGGACCUACAACUCCAAGAAAUAUGAGUGCUGCACAGAGAUCUACCCAGAUAUCACCUACUCCUUCAUCAUCAGGAGGCUUCCACUCUUCUACACAAUCAACCUGAUCAUCCCCUGCCUGCUCAUCUCCUGCCUGACCGUGCUGGUCUUCUACCUGCCGUCGGACUGCGCAGAGAAGAUCACGCUCUGCAUCUCCGUCCUCCUCUCCCUCACCGUCUUCCUGCUCCUCAUCACUGAGAUCAUCCCCUCCACUUCGCUGGUCAUCCCGCUCAUCGGCGAGUACCUGCUCUUCACCAUGAUCUUUGUCACCCUCUCCAUCAUCAUCACCGUCUUCGUGCUCAACGUCCACCACCGCUCACCGCGCACGCACACCAUGCCACACUGGGUCCGCAGGGUCUUCCUGGACCUCAUCCCCCACUACUUGUUCAUGAAACGGCCCUCCACCGUCUGCAAGGACAGCUGCAAGAAGCUCAUAGAGAUGAUGCAUAAGAAGGUGAGCCAGACGUCCCGUUGGGCGGAGAUGGAGGCCGAGCCCGCCCUCCCUGUCCCGCAGCCCAACGCCUGGGACGCCCCGGCACGCUCCCCGUCCCCAAGCCUCUACCUCCAUGUGGAGGAACGCCUCCCAAAGACGCAGCUGCUGUCCCCGUCCCCUUCCAGCCAGUACUCCAUUCUCCUGGAGGAACCUCCCCUGCAGGAGUGCUUCUCCCCCUCUCCGCCCCCCGGCAUCCCGUGCAGCCUGUCCCCGGACGGGCCUCGGGGUCACCCGAAAGUGCGCUCCCUCAGCGUCCAGCACGCCCUCUGCGAGCGCGAGCUUCCCCAGGGCGUGUCCCGCUGCCGUUCCUGCAGUAUCCAGUACUGCUGCCUGCAUGAGGAGGCCUCCCAAAGCGCCGGGCUCCAGCGCGACUCGCCAGCCAAGGAGGCGCCCUGCGGCACGACCCACCUCAAACCAACCAUGCCCUCCGACGGGCUCUCCACGGUGACUGGCGGCCAGGAUCAGCACCUCUUCCUGAUGUCCCCCUCCAUGAAGCUGGCCAUCGAGGGCGUCCAGUACAUUGCAGACCACCUCAGGGCAGAAGAUGCUGACUUUUCUGUGAAAGAAGACUGGAAGUAUGUGGCGAUGGUCAUUGACAGGAUAUUUCUGUGGAUGUUUAUAAUUGUGUGCGUUCUGGGAACUGUUGGACUGUUUCUUCCUCCUUGGUUGGCAGGAAUGAUCUAGAGUGGGACACAGUUAGAGGAAAUAUAAUAUGGACAUGGAGUCAGGCCAACACACAUUACAUAUAAAUCUGUUUUCUGUUCUAAGACGGAUGUGAAAUCACGGGCAAAUGAGGAAUGAAAGACUAAAUGUUUUUUUGCUGCUAAUGUUUUGAUGUUUGUGUUUCAACCUUUAGCUAAUUUCUGUGUACAAUAAUCUGUGAAUUACCAUGUUUUGUGUUCACUGCUUUGUAAAUUACAUUUAUUUGCCUCUUCCAUUCCAGUUUUGACAAUCUGAUAUAUCUUAUUAAAAAUUCUAGUGAUUAACAGCCAGUAAUAAAUAUCUUCUGAGCGACAAAUUCUCAGACUAAAGUGGAAUUCCACUGCAAAACAACUUUCAGCUAAUUUAACAAUUCAAAGAGUAACUGAUUAAUUAUCUGUGUGGCUUGCCAAAGCAAUCUCUGUACAUAUAUCGGCAAUGAAAGGUGCAAAUUUUGGUAGAGGUAUACGUCAUAACAAUGUUCAUCUGGAGAAUAUCCAUAACAGCGUUUGUGUGAGGGAAUGUCAAUGAAUGUCGAACAUAUAUUUCUCCUUGCCUGGCUUAAUGCCUCUCCUCCAUUCUCUCUCACCACUAGUAUUCUAUUAAAAUGUAUGU